CAGAUACGAGACAACUAUUGCGUGUCUGGCCCAUCAAUACUGGUGCGGCGUGUGAGCACUAAGAGAUUGUAGCAUACGGAUUGUUAUUUCCAGAGCCAUAGCAGCUGGCUAAGUACGCAAAUUGCGCGUCGAUGAAUCGAUGGCGAAAUGAUCGGGCUCUGCCUCAUCUGAACCUUCACGGCUUUCAGAUCCUGCUUACCUCUUUCUCUCCAACCCUAGCUACUCGAUCACCACAGUCUAUCACGACGCGAAGCUCCACUAGUUCCAGCGAAAAACGACAGCCGAAAAGGCCGAAGUCCGAACUUCUCAGCAGAUGCCUAAAGCUAUCCACAAUACCCCCUCAAGCUGCAGAGGUACAGUUUGAAGACGACCAUAGUUCAACAAAGGAUGCUCUUGGAAAGAGAUCGUGUCAUCUACGACUGCAGAGCGUUUUGAGCAUCUCAAGGCCUGCCAUGAUCUUCGUCAGCCUAGCUCUUCGUUGCUCUACAUGUCCUUCCGUUGAAGAGCCGAGUGCAACGAAGAGACAUGGAGUGUUACAGGGUUCUCGAUGUUAUUGACUGCUCAUAGGGCUACCUAAAGUCAUAGAAACGACUAUUCGUCGCAUUCAAACCGAAACUUCCAUAUAACACCACACCGGCCAUAAUGCAAUAUUCUACCUUGAUUUACCCCGCGGCUUCCGUAAGCAUACUUUGAAUCACAGCUUCAUGCCUGUUGGAUCUCGGACGCAAAUCCGAUC